CGCAGGAGUAAUCAUCUGACCACGGAGCUCGAAAUAUAAAAAGCCUAACAAUAACAAAAUAUGACCACAGUGUCAAACCCUCAACACAGAACCGGACGUGUUAAUUUGAAAAAUGUUUCUAAUUAUACUGUCAGUGUCCUUAGUUUUUGUGAAUGCUGCUCCAAAUCCAGAGGAAAAAGAAAAUGAUAAACCUACGCUUGAAACCGCAGCGCGUAUAAUAGGCAAAGAUUGUGCUAAAGGAAUAUUAAGUCCGACUUGUUUGAAAAUUGGAGUGAUAUCGCUUUUAGAAAAAGUGAACAAUAAAGAUGAAGUUGCACUACUGCCAGGAUUAACUCUAGUUAAGGAUACAAAUGAAAAUAAAGCUGAAGCAGUUGCCAAGGAACUGGCGAAGUCUUUACCAUCAAACCCUGAUGAAAGGUUGGAUAAGUUCCUUCUGUAUCGCUUGGGAACUUUUCUGGACACUCAUUCGGUGAAGCUGCGGCUGCUUGAUGAGGACACUGCCGAGGAAGCGAAGUCGAUCCUUGGGGAAGCAAGAGGAAGAAAACCGUUCGGGAUGGGCAAGAAAGGAGGCAUGGGAGGACUGAUGGCUAUGGCUAUGAUGAUGAAAGGUAAGGGCGUAUUUUUACUACAACGUCAAAACCGGCUUAAGCGCAGGCAUAUGAUACAGAUUUACUAA